UAGUAAAAAUAACAAAAAACAAAAGUUUCUUUGAACCUUCUCGCCCUGUUUAUAUAUAUUUACCCUUGCCUGCGAUGUACAGGGGGAAAAAUCAAUAAAAAAUUUCUCAAUUUGUAUUUACCCGCACUUUUCUGCGCACAGUUUUUAUGACCGCAUUUGUCAAUUGCACUUUGCAGACGACACGUUUUUUAUUUACAAGCAGGACAAGCAGUAGUGUUUUGCCAUCAGUGUUUGUUGCAGUAAUUCUUGCUAAACUCGAAACAACUAACAUCAAUAUUAUUGUGAUAGAAGAAAUUAAACACAUUAUUUUUGAAACAAAUAAAGAAUACAAAAACUACAAUAAUGAUUUAUUAUUGUACAACAAGUGAGUUUACUCAAAGAAAAUGGAAUUAAAGGACAUUUACAUUACUUAAUCAUGAUUAUUGAUCUGACAAUUUCCAAGUAAAUAUUUCGAAAAAAAAAUUUUUGAAAUCAUACUUCAGGAGGAAAACAAUUAAAAAUCGAUAUUUUCUAUUAUUGACAAAGAAUGAACCGUUAUUGCUCUCUAGAUUGUACAAAUUCUAUAAAAAAUGUGUUAUCAUAUUAAUUAGACUUAUUGAUGCUAUCAUCAGAGGUUAUCUAAUGAAUAUUUGCACAUGUGUUAUUUUCACUUUUUUCUUCUAUUACUCAAGUUCUCAGGACUCAAAUAGAGAGUUGGAAAUAAAAUUUUCCGUUCGCAAACUACAAGAGGAAUGAAAUUACACUUUUUGAAAACUGUUUCUCAAGGGAAGAGUUCUGCCAUCAUGUAGGGCGUUUCUAGAAUAAAUAAUAAACGAAAGAAAUGAUGACUCAUGUAUUACCAUUAACAUUGACGAAACGACGCUUUUUUAUUAUUAUUUUCAUAAUCUCAAUACCAUGGAUAUUAAGUAUGUUGACAACGCCAAAUAUGCAAGACGAAAUAACAUUGCAAACAAAUAUUGCCGAAUUACAAGCGAAAUUGGAACAUUUACAUUCUAAAUAUAUAAUAAGUCAAGAGGAAAUACAAUUAUUGAGCCAUCAAUUGGCAAUAAUGACGGAGAAUAAUUAUAUAUUACCGGAUUUUCAAUUUUAUAUGAAUAAUACAAUGCCAAAUAUGACGAGUAUUAAAUUGCCAUCGAUUUAUAAUUUUCUACCACAUUUUCUAAAUGAUCCAAAUAGUUUGAGACCGGCGUUUGUUCAAAGUAAAGGACGAACUGGCGUAAGCAUGAUUCUUGGAGUUCCAACUGUUAAACGUGAGGUACAAAGUUAUUUGUUAACAACUCUGAAGAACUUGAUAGAUCGCAUGACUCCAGAUGAAUCUGCCGAUACACUUAUUGUAGUUUUAGUCGCUGAGCCGGAUGCUGAUUAUGUUUCUUAUAUCGCCAAGCAAAUUGAAGUCCAAUUUCCUCAGGAACACGAGGCGGGUUUAAUAGACGUAAUAGCGCCGUCUGCUGCUUAUUAUCCGGAUUUAACGAAAAUAAGGGACACACUGGGAGAUAAUCAUCAGCGAGUGGUUUGGCGAUCGAAGCAAAAUUUGGAUUUUGCAUUUCUCAUGCUCUAUGCUCAACGAAGGGGAACAUUUUACGUGCAAUUGGAAGACGAUAUUUUAGCCAAAAAGAAUUUCAUCUCGACAAUGAAAACAUUUGCAUUGCAGAAAGUUAGUUCAAAGGAAAAUUGGUUUGUGUUGGAUUUUUGCCAAUUGGGCUUCAUUGGAAAAUUAUUCAAAUGCUCAGAAUUACCCUGGCUGGUUCAGUUUUUCCUCAUGUUUUAUAAUGACAAACCUGUCGAUUGGCUUCUGGAUCAUUUAAUUGCGACUAAAGUCUGCGGUCUUGACAUGGACGUUAAACAUUGUAAACUGGCCAAAGCUAAAUUAUGGAUUCAUCACAAACCGUCGUUGUUUCAACACGUUGGUACUCAUUCGUCUUUAAAGGGCAAAGUUCAGAAAUUAAAGGACAAAUUAUUUGGAAAGAUAACUCUUUUCUACUCGCACGUGAAUCCAGAGGCAACUGUUGACACACAAAUAAAACCCUACAAAAAGUACACUCUGCAAAAAGCUUAUAAAGGCGAAUCAUUUUUCUGGGGACUCUUACCACAGUCUGGCGAUCAUAUAAAAUUCAAGUUUAUUUCUCCUAUUUUUAUAAAAAAGUAUUUAUUUAGAAGCGGAAAUGCCGAGCAUCCUUUAGAUAAAUUUUACAAUACGACUGUUGAAAUUCUUCCUGAGUCUGCGUUUGCUCUAAAUAGGAAUUACAAUAAUGUGACUGAAGAUGGAUAUCUAAUAAUAGGAAAGUUUAACACACUUGGAAUUGCUAGUGGAUCGGUUGAUAGAAAUUUAGGAAAAGUGUCAGCGAUGCGCUUAACUGUUCACAGUGAAAGUGAAAAUUGGGCGAUUCUUUCUGAAAUCCAAAUUGAGGAGGAUCCAAGCUGACAUUCUACCAAGGAUCAAAGAAAGAAUUGUUUUCAAUUAAAAUUUCUGUAUACGUAAACAAAUUUCAAUCCACAUUCUACAUGGUUGAUGGACCCUCAAUGUUAUUGAUGUGCCUUUUUUUUGUUGUAAUAUCUAAUUUUUAUCUUUAAAAAUAUCCACGAUGUGAUGUUGUGAUAAAUGUAAAUUUUGUAAUUUAUUUUAAUUUUACUCGCUGCACAUUGUUUUUUAAAGAAUGUUAUUAAUUAUUAUAUAUAUAAAAAUAUAAUAUAUUAAGAGCCGAGGACAAAUGUACAAAACCACACACAGACACACACAAUGUUUUGUUAAUUUGUUUUAUUUAUAUAUGAGAUUCUGUUUUUAUCGAUCAAAUUUUAAUUACGUGGGAUAAAUUGUGCAAUUACUUGUCAAUGUAUAAACAUGCGUAUAUUAUAUAUAAUAUUCUAAUCUAUAUUGAUAAAUAUGGAAAAAUUUCUU